AUGAAUAAAGAGACACAGGCGAGUAGUAGUAGCAGCAGUAAAUAUUAUCAAACUGUCGCGCUUUCACGAGCGUUGACGAUAACAAAUUCGACGACAGCUGCCGGAGGUGCUUCCUCUUGGCCCGAUGAGGAUGGAGAAAAGACCCCUUCCUCUAUUUUUGGGAGAGGAAAAAUGUUCGUCGAGAACGCCUUGGCAUCGUUCAAGAGUGGGAUUAAUCAGCGCUUAGAAGCCGAUAAGAACUUUGUCUUUAAGUUAUUAACUGAAAUAUGUAUCGAUGAGCUCAUUACGCUCUCUGUGUUGAUAUGGGUGACGGGGUUGAAUUCGGAAGCGUGGACGCCAACUAUUCGACUGGCCGCGCUCGUUCAAAUGCUCUCUGCGGCGUUGAAUGAUACCUUAAUAGUAUAUUUUUUAGCUCCGACGGGUUCCUCUGUUGAUAAAGAUGGUAGCGGUGGAGGUAAGCCUGCGUUGGCGCACGUCUUUCAAGCUGGCGACUACUCGAUAAAAGAGCGGAUAGGGUGUUACUUCGCAAAGGCGAAAUUUUAUUUAGUCAUUGGUAGCGCGACGUGUACGGUGGCUACUUUCUUUGCCAAGGCUUUGGGAGGGAACUUGGCUGGAUUCUUUCCAGGCGUGUUCGUACAAUCCAUAAUGUUGGGAGGUAUCCACAUGUCCGUGUCUGCGAAUACCAGGUACCAAAUCGUCAACGGUAUUGAACGAGUUAUUUACGAAAAGUUGCCCCCAAAAAUUUCCAGAGCGGGUUCUGUUCUCGUACGGACAACGAACAACUUCUUAGGUGCGAGAUUAUGGAUAGUCUUGACGAAGCUGAUUUCUUCGUGA